UGCUCAUCGUUCCAAAUUCCCUUUUCCCCCUCCCUCCUCAGUGAUAACCCGAGCUUUGUGUUGUAGUAGUAUUCGACUCUUCGAUCAGAACCCUAAUCCAUGGGCCUCCUCAGCAUAAUCAGGAAGAUCAAGCGCAAGGAGAAGGAGAUGCGCAUCCUCAUGGUGGGCCUCGACAACUCGGGGAAGACGACGAUCGUGCUCAAGAUCAACGGCGAGGACACCAGCGUCAUCAGCCCCACCCUCGGCUUCAACAUCAAGACCAUCAAGUACCAUAGGUAUUCGCUCAACGUGUGGGAUGUAGGGGGCCAGAAGACCAUUCGAUCCUACUGGAGAAACUACUUUGAGCAAACGGAUGGGCUGGUGUGGGUCGUCGACAGCUCCGAUGUGAGGCGGCUGGACGAUUGCAGGGCCGAGCUCCACAAUCUCUUGAAAGAAGAGAGAUUAUCAGGAGCCUCCUUGUUGAUAUUUGCGAAUAAGCAAGAUAUUCAAGGUGCUCUUAAACCGGCAGAAAUAGCUAAGGUUCUGAACUUGGAUGCGAUGGAUAAAACACGGCACUGGAAAAUAGUGGGCUGCAGUGCUUACACUGGGGAAGGGCUUCUGGAAGGAUUUGAUUGGUUGGUUCAAGACAUCGCCUCUCGCAUCUACUUGUUGGAGUGAAGCAACUUUUAAAUCUGAAAUGUGACAUUAUGGAAGGUUACAAUGGGUGCUCUAAAAUUUGAGUUGAGUGAUAUCUGGAAGCGGAUGCCACAUCUGAAAAUGAAAAUGACGUGUCUGAUGCAAAAUUAGAGAUGAUCUUCUAAGAUUUCAGUUGAACGAUAUCUAGUAGAGAAUAACGACUUAUCUGAAAAAGACGUGUCUGGUGAAAAUAUUUUACUCGUUUGUUGACAUAGAAUAUAAUUUAUGUCCACCAGUGUAAAAAAGCCGACAUAGAUAUUCGGCGUUCCGCGUUCAAAUAGUGAAACAACACACUAGUUGGAUUUCUCCCGC